AUGUCCAAAUAUUUGUUAUGUAUUUUUUUAUUUCUCGGGUGUCUGAAAGCGGCGAGAUUGUGUUUUGACAAAUCGCCAAAUAAAUCACUUUUUGCUCGACCACUUUUAUCACUUCGUGGAUUGACUCAAUCAAAAUGUUUCACUGCGUGCUUGGAAAUGCCAAGAAUGGCUUGCAAGUGAGUUUUUUUGGUGAAUAAAUUGAAAAUUUUCAAAAAGAUGAAAAAUGUUGCCAUGAAUGCUCAUCUAACAUUUAUGCCUAAUUCGUGUUUUGAACCGGCCGAAAACCAAAUUUCUAAAUUAAAAAUUCUGUAAAAAAAGGUCUAAACAUAUUAUUUGACAAAUAUCAUCUCAAAGAAAGAUUCUCGACAAAAGAUUUAUAUAAUUAGAUUUGUUCGCAACAUUUCACAUUUCGAAAUUCUGAGUAUCUUACAUUAAAAAAAAACAGACAAAUUGGAUGAACUUUGAAAGAAAUUUUUGAAGCGUAUUUUAUCAUUCAAAGUUUGAUUAUUUAAUUGAAAAAACACUAAUUGUGGGAUAAACUUUUACAGAUCAAUAACAUAUUCCCGAAAAACUCAAGUUUGUCAACUCAACGGCAAAUCCAAAUCUGAAGUGAAAAUUGUGAAAAAUCCAAUGUCAGAUUAUUAUCAUCGAACAUGUUUUGAUAAACCUUCUUCUGCAGUUCGAAGAGAUGCUGCAGCUGUUGAAUCUGCUUGUUUCACAACAGUUCGUGGAAAAGUUUUGAUUGGAAUUGUUGAUCAAUUGGUUAGAGAUGUAAAAAGUGUUGAAGAUUGUCAACAACAUUGCUCUUCUGCUUCUUCCAAGUUUGAAAUCACUUGUAAAAGUGCAAUGUUUUACGAAAAAGAUAAGGAAUGUAUUCUUGCUUCACAAUCAAAAUCAGAUAUUCCUGAUUUGUAUAUUGAUGAUGAAAAAGCAGUUUAUCUUGAGAAUAAAUGUUUGGACAGUGUUGACGAGGAACAAAAAGUUGUUGUCAAACCAUCGGAUGUUUUCAAAGCUUCUUCCAAAUUUGGCGGGGAAGAUGAGGAAGUGGAACUUUUCGGCUCUGCCAAGUCACCAGCUCCACCAACAUUGAGCACAAUUCUCCAAAGCACUACAUCAACUGGUGCACCUUCUGUUGAAUUUUCGGGAUAUGAUGGACCAUCAGAAAGUGUUAACAAUGAACAUCAAGAAGAUAUUUUGACAGCUCCACCAACAACCACAACUACAACUACAACUACAACAACUACACCAAAACCAGUUAAUGCUAAAAUUAUUGAUAGUUAUAACGUGGUUAAUAAUGAAAAAGCAGAAUAUGGAAGACGGCUACGUGAUACAAGAAUCAAGUCUUGUUUUAGGUGAGUAACUCGGAAAUUAUAGAUCUCUAUUUAUUCGAUAUAAACCUGACAUUAUACACACUUGCAAUAUCACAAGACAACACGAAAACACAACAUACAGAGCACAAAACAUUUUUUCAGAGAAGUUCGACCAAUUGGGAAAAUGGAAGCUCUUCGUGUUGUCAAAUCAUAUUCAUUGGAACAAUGCACGGAUAUGUGUAGAAUUUGCACAAAAUGUUUGGUUCGACAGAAAAAAUGUCAAGCAGUCGCGUUUGACAUGUAGGUUUUUUGAACUUCAUCACUUCCUUUUUGAACACAAAAAUAUUUUUAUUAUUUCAGUUCUCGCGAACUUUGUGUUUUGGCGUCGAAAAAACUCACGGAUGGUGGAUCAUUCAAAGAUGAUAUCAUUUAUCACAAUCGUGUUAACUGCUAA